AUGACAAAUGAGGAGGCUUCUGCAUCUCCGAACUUGAUUCGAGGUAACAUUCUACUUGAGGGACAUGUUAUUUCUGCUUUAUUUGACUCGGGUGCUACGCACUCCUUUAUUUCUAUGGACUGUGCUCAGAAGUUGAGCUUGCCUGUGGUUGAGCUACCUUAUGACUUAAGAGUGUCUACUCCUGCUGGAGUCACUGUUGUAACUGGAAGAGCGUGUCUAGAGCUUGCACUUCAGUUUGAGAGUCGAGAUUCUACGAUAGAUUUGUUCUGUCUACCCUUGAAAGGUAUUGACGUGAUUAUUGGCAUGAAUUGGUUGAUGGCCAAUAGAGCAAUCCUUGAUUGUAAAAGGAGGGUGGUGACAAUUCCGGUAGGUGCUUUAUGUGCUGAGUUGUCAAGUGGUCCGGUUUUGUUGUCAGCUGCUCAAGUAGAGAAGGCGGUGAGGAAAGGGUGCCAGGCCUUCAUUGUCUUCUUUUCAAUUAGUGAGGAUGAGGCAGGAGGAAUUGAGCAGAUAGCUGUGGUGAGGGACUACCCUGAAGUGUUUUCAAACGAGGUUGCAGGAUUACCUCCAGAGCGAGAAGUGGAGUUCUCCAUCAAGUUGGUUCCGGGAACCACCCCAAUCUCCAAGGCUCCCUAUAGAAUGUCUCCUUCAGAAUUGGUCGAGUUGAAAAAGCAACUAGAAGAAUUGCUAGAAAAGGACUUAUCCGACCAAGUGUGUCACCGUGGGGAUCGCCGGUUUUGUUUGUGA